AAGGCAAUGACGUAAUCUUACACGCGACGACGUAACCGCCCAUAAACAAACAUGGCGCACUACGCUCGUUGUUUGCAGGUCUGCCUUCUCGUUUUGAGAACGUAUAUUAACAUACAAAGUAAUUUAAUUCAACGACUUCACGCAGUUCAAAGACAAUGUCACAGACAACGUCUACGCACAAGACGACAAAUAGCCUUGGUGUUGAUGAGAAGACGGACGGCAACUGUGUGGUCACAUCCGCGAGAGCACCGCUGGUGGGACGUCAUUGUGCCUGAAUUCACUCCAGAAGAGUUCAUCCAGAAUUUCCGAGUCUCGCGGGAGUCUUUCGAGUACAUAUGCCGCCGCCUCAGACAUAUGCUUGAACGAAAAGACACCAAUUUCCGCUUGAGCGUACCUGUAAAGAAACGAGUUGCCAUUGCGCUCUGCAAGCUCGCCACUGGCAGCGAGUAUCGAUAUGUCAGUCAGCUUUUCGGGGUUGGUGUGAGCACUGUGUUCAACUGUGUGCAGGACUUCUGCAGUGCCGUCAUUAAAAUUCUUGUGCCCGUGCACAUGAAAUUUCCAAGUCCCGAAAAGCUGAAGGAGAUGGCAGACGUCUUCGAGAAUUGCUGGAACGUACCACAGUGUAUUGGCUCAAUUGAUGCACACCACAUCCCAAUAAUAGCGCCUGAAAAAAACCCUCGUGGCUAUCUUAACCGAAAAGGCUGGCAUUCGGUGGUACUCCAAGCAGUAGUAGACGGGAACGGGCUCUUCUGGGAUUUAUGCGUUGGUUUUUCUGGAAACCUAAGUGAUGCAAGGGUCCUACGACAGUCUUAUUUAUGGAGUUUGUUGAGUGAAAGAGACUUGCUGAACCACAACAAAGUAGACAUCUCCGGUUGUGAUGUUGGAUACUACCUAAUUGGAGAUUCAGCUUAUCCCUUGCAGAACUGGUUGAUGAAGCCGUUUCCCGAUAUUGGUGGACUGACCCCGCAGCAGGAAAGCUUCAACUCCAGGUUGAGUAGCGCCAGAUCGGUUUCGGAUCUGAGUUUCAAGAAGCUAAAGGCACGAUGGCAGUGUCUCUUCAGGAGAAAUGACUGUAAAGUGGAGCUGGUGAAGAAGAUGGCUUUGACCUGCUGCGUGCUACACAAUAUCUGUGAGGAAAAAGGAACCCAGUUUUCAGAGGACCAUUCAACUGACCAUCUGAACUUGCAGCCCCCUGUUCAGGAAUUUAUAGAGAAUGGACAACCAGAGGGGACGGACGUACGAGAAGCAUUAUCAGACUUCUUCAUCAGACAGAGUGAUAUUAUUCAAGUAGUAGUUUAAUGCUAUUAUGGUUUUCGGAUUCUUGGUGGAAUCUUUUUAUGAAUAUUCUUAUAAUUGAUGUGUGGAGUAUACAGCAGGAAAAAUAUGUAUUGAACAUGUCAAGUUUUUUUGGUUCCGUGGCUCUCGUUAGGGAUUUGCACAUCGAUUCCUGUGUAUCGAUAUAUAGAUACACAGAAGCUUUUAAUUUGGUAUCGAUAUUUUUUUUUUAAGUGUUGAUAUUUUUACUAUAUUUUAAUAAUUUCUGCAUUACUAAAUGUUUUAGCGCUGUGUACAGGAUUGUCAGUGACACUUUGUAUACAAGACGUUACACC